ACGGCAAGUGCAGCUCAGAGACUCCCAUCCCAGGGACCGGCGCACGGUACAUAUCCCCGGGCAUCCGCCGCCGGCACACGCCAGACCCUCCCCAGCCAUCCCCAUUAGUGUCACGGGUGGGAGUGUCCGGCAGCAAGGAGCGGGGUGGCAGCUGUUUGUGCCGUGUACGGGCAGCAGUAUCACGUCGGGGCAGCGGCUGUGAGGACGGAGAUGCUGCUGCUGCUGGGUGUAUGACGGAGGGGAGAAGCCGGGGAUCCCGCGGAUGGAAGGAGCUGCGUGGCUCGGGGGGAUCCUUGUCUGGAUAUGGAUCGCGAUGCUGGCGGCACCUGCACCACCCACUGUAACAGGAGAGGAAAAUCAGCGUCUUCUUCUUGAUAAGCUCCGGCCACAUUCUGCAGUGAUAGAGCCACGCUGGUUGACACCACAUCCUCUACAAAAUAUAGUCAAGAACAAAUACCCAGCACAUGUAGAAGUGAUGGUAAUAGCAGAAGGGAGAGAGCUAGUCCUAUCUCUGCAAAGAAACGAACAACUAAUCCACAUGAAUUACAGAGUGACUCAUUACAGCCCCAGUGACAUUCCUAUUGUUCGGACCCCCAAUAUGACGGAGCACUGUUAUUACCAUGGAGUCAUUCAGGGGCAGAGAGAAUCCAGUGUGGCUGUCAGCACCUGCUCAGGAAUAAGGGGUCUCAUAACGUUAAGCAAUAAUGUAAGUUAUGUGGUGGAGCCACUGCCAGGAGACGGACACAAGCACCUCAUCUACAGAGCAGAACAUUUAGGGCUUGAAGGAGGGAAAUGUGGACAUGUAACUGCUACAGUGUACAAUGUAUCCAGCCUCACCUCCCAACGUCGUCAUCAUCAUCAUCAUCGGGUGAGGAGAGAGGAUACAGAGGGGGACAGAUGUGUGGAACUCUACCUAGUUGCCGACUACGCGGAGUUUCAGAAACAUGACUCAGACUUGGAGCGUACUCAGCGCAAGAUGCUGGAAGUGACAAAUUAUAUAGAUAAGUUCUACAGGGCUCUGAAUAUUCGCAUUGCUCUAGUUGGAUUGGAGGUCUGGACUGCUGGAGAUAAAUGCAAUGUGUCUGAGAAUCCAUACAUCACCUUACGUGCCUUCCUAUCAUGGAGACAAAAGCUCCUAUUACAGACACCCCAUGACAAUGCACAGCUCAUAACAGGGCGCUCUUUUCAUGGCACGACCAUUGGGUUGGCUCCACUACAGGCAAUGUGCUCAUCCUUUCAGUCUGGAGGAGUGAAUAUGGAUCACUCGGACAAUGCUAUUGGAGUUGCAGCCACGAUGGCCCAUGAAAUGGGACAUAAUUUCGGGAUGAGCCAUGAUGCUGCAGGCUGUUGCUCAGCCAAACCAGAAGACGGUGGCUGCAUUAUGGCAGCUGCAACUGGACACCCCUUCCCCAAAGUGUUCAAUGACUGCAAUAAACGGGAGCUGGAGCGCUUCCUGCGCUCAGGAGGGGGGAUGUGCCUCAGUAACACGCCGGACACCAAGACACUUUACGGGGGCCCACGCUGUGGAAAUGGCUUCUUGGAGGAGGGAGAGCAGUGUGACUGUGGGGAUCCUGAGCAAUGUGAUAAUCAAUGCUGCAAUGCUACAACAUGUACUUUGCUACCGGGGGCUGAGUGUGCCCAUGGGGCCUGCUGUCAUCUAUGCAGACUGAGGCCACCUGGGUUCCUGUGUCAGAGGACAGCCAGAGCCUGUGACCUGCCAGAGUUCUGCAUCGGAGAUUCUCCUGUGUGUCCUCCUAACUCCUUCCAGCUGGACGGAACUCCUUGCCAAAAUGGAGACGCCUUCUGCUACAACGGGAGAUGUCUCACUCACCAACAGCAGUGCCGGCAACUGUGGGGAGCGGGAGCAAGCAUUGCGCCAGACGUGUGCUUUGAAAGGAUCAACGCAGCUGGGGACCAAUAUGGCAACUGUGGACGAGAUAUGAAUGGUGAAUACAGGAAGUGUGAAGCCGGGCACGCCAAGUGUGGGAAGAUCCAAUGCUUAAGCUCCGCUCUGAAGCCUGUAGAGCACAGCGCUGUAGCAAUAGACACCACUAUCACCGUGCAGGGGAGACGUGUGCUCUGCAGGGGAACUCAUGUCUACAGAAUCACAGAAGAGGAAGAUAUGAUGGAUCCUGGCCUAGUCCUCUCUGGUACUAAAUGUGGCAGAAACCAGCUUUGCUUCGAGGGGCAGUGCAAAAACACCUCGUUCCUGCAAGUGGAUGAGUGUACCAAGAAAUGUCAUGGAAACGGGGUUUGCAAUAAUAACCAGAACUGUCACUGUUUUCCUGGCUGGAAACCUCCAUACUGUAACCAGACAGGCAAUGGUGGCAGCAUAGACAGUGGCCCAGUACCUGCUGAUGGUUCACAGUCAGCGUGGCUCUGGAUAUUUAUACCUGUAUCAUUACUAGCUGGGAUCGCAGUGACUUUGUUCUUAUACCUCUACAAACACAGGUGCUUAAUAAGACUUUAUAAGUCAGACAGCAUUCCCGCAGCAGGCUCCCUGCACAAGAGUGACAGCAGUAAUAAACCCAGAGCUGAAUCUACCUCCAGACCCAAACCUCAGAUACAGAUGUGUCCAAAAAGUCCGGUCAGUUUGCAGAUCCACCACAUGGUACAUGAACAAAGACCUUCAUCCGUUCAUCAACACAAGCAGUUAGAGGGUAGAGCUAGAAGUGGUGCUCCUCAAAUAAGAAUACCCCCACCUAACAGACCAGCCCCACUGCCUCCUGGUGUCCCACCGCGUAAGGCAUUACAGCCCCCCAGAAGAGUUCCACCUCCGGUUCCUCCAAGUAGGCCGAGACUAACUGCCAAGUGACCAGUGAGAACAUCUGUAGAUAAUCUUUGACAUCAAGUUGCUGAGACAAAAGAGGUUGUGUCUAAACAAAGGGUUAAUUCUAGCUCUGCACUGUUCCAAAAUGACAUGUCUCAGAGGAGAUGAAUAAUACCACUGGCAAGAACAUCUGCUGACUUUCUGUAUUUACUUGUGGACUAAAAUGGAGGCAGCUAUUUUGUGUGCUGAGAGAAUAUUCAGGAAAUUAGUGUCAGCGAGACAUGCAGAAUUUUGUGAAGCAAGAAACUUUGUGCUUCGUAUCUUAGUGAUGUCACUAGUUCAUAGUGAAACGAUAGAUUGAAAAUUGGUACACCCUACAAAAUGAUUGUCUCCAUGCAUAAUUUCUUGUAGGUCCAAUUUUAGUCUGACUAUCCCUGUUCACGGAGUCUUCAGGGGAGGGGAGUUCAGAAUCGCUAGACACGCCCCUGAAGAACAAGCUCAUUAUGAGAUGGUCUUUCCCACAGUGCAAUGGUCAUACCCAUUUUCAGUGAUAUCCUGAUUCCAAAAAUUGGAAUGUUGGAGAUACGCAACGAGUACACUUUAAUGAGAGAGUACAAAUAAGGGCAGUGCUACAAUAAUAGCUGGUAAAGGAAAAAAGUAUGAAAAUUAUGCAUCAGAGUAAAAAGAAAAAUACAGUUUAUGGGCCCGAUUCAGGUUGGACCGCAAUAGGCGAUCCAACCGCAAAAAUUAUGAAAUGGAUGCGGGCGCAUGCGCAGGGCCUGUCCUGCACAUGUGCCUGCAUUUUCUGUGGGCGCCCACCGAAAAUGCAAACGCAUCUGCCUGUCAAUCAGGCAGAGGUGUUCGCGGGGCAGCAGCGCUCCAUUUCCUAGGUGGAGACGGAGCUCUGCGGUGUGGCAACAGGAAAAUGGAGGCAGCGUAAUCUAAACGGUGGCAUGGCGUCGGCACGAUUGCAGCGGCUGCGUGAUGUCACAUGCAGCCGCCGCCGCGAUCAGAAAGAUAGCGGUGGGCCUCCGGCGGGUGCAGCCAAGCUGCCCCUGCAGGAGGCAACCCUCAUUUCUGAGACCAAGCAGAAAUUGCGGUGCAAUCGCUAUUUCUGCUUGAUCAAGGGGGGGAAGGGGAGCGGCGGUCAGCAUGCUGGCCGGCCUUGCCCUGCGAUGGGCGGGCCCCAGCAUGCAUUCACAAGGAUUGUAAAUUCUGCUACUUAGCAGAAUUUGCAAUCCAACCUGAAUCAGGCCCCAUGUCCAUUUAAUAUGUUGCUGCAGCAUCAUGUUAAUAGACAAGGGACAAAUAAGCCCAUGGGUAGGCAAUGUGUGGUACUCCAGCAUGCUACUAGGACAUGCUAAAACUAGCAGGGCAUGCUGGAAUAUGUAGUUACACAGCAGCUGGGGUGCCAUAUUUUACCUUCCCCUGAGUUAGCCAAACUAAAAUCCUUUAGCAAUAGAAUCAUUUUCACUCAGGUGCUGAAGUCUCCUCACGCUCUAAUCGGUUAUCUCAAGGAAAAUGUGUGUGUCUGGGAAAACAUUAAUUUAAUUGCACAUAAAUAUAUACAUACAUAUAUCCACCAUAGCACAAAUGAAAGCAGACAUAGUGACAGGGUGUGCCAAAUAAGUAUAGGCACGGGUUAUUAACUUUCAUAAAACACAGUAAUAUGUGCAUAAAACACAGGAUGUUUUAGUGCACCAACACUGGCCCCAGCGCAUUUAAAUAAUUCUUAUUCUUCAUAUUUAUUUCUACCUUAAUUAAACAGAUUUAUUAACAAUUAUGCUAGAUAUAUACAGUAAGUUCAUUAAAGCUGUUGGAUGGUGUAGGGGCAAUCAAGUAAUAUGUAUUUAUUGUUUUGUAAUUCUUCUGUCAGUUAGGACCUCCCUCUACUCAUUCAUUCCAGCUUUUGCAUUGUACACCUGAAACUGCUGGGUUCCGGUGUUGUAUGCCCUCAUGUAAUCGGGAAAGUGAGGGGACAUUGGGAGAGAACUUCUUCCGUUUCAUGUUAAAUAUUUCAUUGCAUUGAUCAAAUCGUGCUUUCCUGUGUAUAGCUAGUAUAUGUGAAAGGUGCUAAAGGUAUUCCCCAUGAAGGGAUAGGAAAUGAUUCCGCCAAUUCCUUACAUGUAAAAGACACAUCCAUUGUAGGAAAUAUCUACUAGCACACUUGUGAAUGCCCUUACUACACACAGACAACCUCAUUCAGAGUUGGACUUAAAUUCAAGUUGCGUCGUUUUUUCCUCUCAACUUGUUUUUUUUCUUCAAGUGUGCCUGUGCGUCUUUUCGCAGUGCAGGUCCUUUGACCUGGUGACUAGUCCACAUUCUGCACUUUUGGCUUCCUGCGCCAAGAGGGCUGGGACGAUGGGUUUGAAGGAGAAGUGUAGUUGCAGCCAAAAUUAAGGGCGCGUCAACACAAAAUGCACUCGUAGACUUGCAGGUACUCAGCCCCAGGUGCAAGUUGUCAGCUGAUGAUAGUGACAGCUGCCGGUCAUGCUUGAGUCACCGAAUGCAUCUAAAGCUGGGUUCACAUUGGAUCGUUGUCGGGGCGAUUUUCCAUUUCGGAAUGACAAAUCGCUUACAUCGCUUGGUGUGUACGGGUGAUGGCGGCGGUCGCCAGGUUUGAGCUGCUGCACAUCAGACCUAGCGAUAUCGCUAGUGACCUUGUUUAUGCUUAUGAUUUCGUCCUUCAUAAAACUCGUUCUAAUGUUACACAGGGGGAGAUGUACUA